AUGUCACUAGUUCCGGCUUCAUAUUCAUUGUAUCGCCAAGUAUCAGACUUCCCCCUUGCCGGUGGAAUACAGUACCCCAGGGUCGGUCUGAUAUUCCUUGUUCUCUAUAUUGAGAGGCAGCUGUCUAAAGAUGCACCUGUUACAUUGUAUGUAACUGAUUUCACAACAAACAAGCAAUCAGGUACAACAUUUAUUCCGAGAGAAGAAUAUCAAGGGAAUAUCCAUAUUCCCAAGGACAAAAUUCUUCGAGUUUUAGUAUAUCCAAAAUUACUUCCAACACUUGAUAACUUGUACAAAUCCGUAAAUAAUGAUGAUUUGGGUAUAUGUGAUUGGUGGACAAAUGCAAGUGGAUUGAAUAGACUUUUCAUACUUGAAAAAAUUCUAAUUGUUAGUCUGAAUUUGAAAUUAAAAUUAUAUAUCGAUUCUUUGGAAUGUCUUUCUUAUGAUCAUCAGAUUUUAAAUCUGGAAAGCGUAACUUCAAGUCAAUUCCCUUUUCUAGAAAAAUUGUUUACUAAUAUGGGAAGGAAUUUUCCAAGAGAAUUCUUUGAAUUCAACCCUACUGCAAGACGAAUUGUUCCUCGUUUAUAUUGGGAUAAUCCAAGAAAUGAAGAAGGUGGUACCCAGAUAUUAGGUUAUGCUCAACCACUUGCGGGGAAUGCUAAUACUCAAUUAACCAAUACUGAAGUACAUGUGAACGAGACUCAACCAAAACAAGAAACUGAAUCUCAAUAUGCUGCCUUUAUAGAUGACAUUGAACACCCCCAGGACUAUGCGUCUUCACCUGCUCCAAACUCUAGAGUCAACACAGUUGUGCCCAGAAGACCGAUUUCACGGGCAUAUUCAGUUUCGGACCUUCUAAAACUUGAUGAUACUGAAGAUAACCGAACCUAUCAAGUCAAUGCAAUUAUUGCUGGUACCAUUCCUUCUGAUUGGUCAUUGAUUUGUGGUAAGCAAGUCAAAACGAGACGUGGAAAACCGGCAAUAUUGGAUCCCGUUAUUCGAGGGCUAGAAUUAGUAUUGGUUGAUUCCACAUGGACCCCUGAGCAACCCAUUUUGUGUGGUAUAAAUACUCUUUCGAUCUAUAUUGAUCAGGAGGAUGUUUUGGAUUUCUUUGGGGUUGAACGGAUUGAAAAAGUAUACACUUCAAUUGCUGAUUUGGAUGAGAAAUUUGAAAAAUGUGUCCAUAAACCUUGCACUAUGCAUGCUUAUAAGACAAGUAAGGAAAUACAUCCAAAUGGAACAAAAAUGACAGUUUGGACUGCUAUGAAUUUAACUUUGGCUGAGUUAAUACGCUAA